AUGGGAGGAAUCUGGGAUGCGCUUUCCAGAGCCCUUGCCGCUGCUCGUGAACGACGCGCAGCUGGCCAUGCGACCGAAAAUGGAACGAUUGCGAGUGGCGAGAAGAAGGAGCAGUAA